AUGAAUUAUGAAGACGACCUAGGUGCACCAGUUUGGGACGAUCUAGCCCCAAAGCCAGAGAAUGAUCCCACAGUUGAUCAAUUAGCACAGAACCUGGGAGAUUUGUCUUCGACGGAACAUGCUGUGUCACUAGAACAUAGUGCUUGGUCUGAAGACGGUGGAGAGAAAGAAGAUAAACACAAAGAAGCUGCGGAUGAAGAAGGACCCGAAAGUUCCAAGACUUUGUUAUCGUCGCUAGCACCAGAGGAAGAUCCUCUUUCCGAUUUAUCUGCAAGUAAUGUCAUUACGUCGCCUACCAAGGAUGAUCCCUUAUUUUCUGGUAGUACCAAAUCUCCAUUGAGGGUGUCCGACUCUGAUUUCACAGCUAGAAUUUCAGAAACAUCCUUAUCCUCAAGAAAGUAUGGCAAACCACAGAGGUUGUUUAGUUCGACGCGGCUGCGCCGCCAUCCUCUCACAGAUGAACAGAAGAAAGAUCUCUUCGUCGACCCGUUGGCCAUCAAAGGUACCACUCAAGAUGACGAUUUUGUUGAUGAGUCUUUGGAAUAUGAUACUGAGCAGGCAAGCAGCAAGCAAGACAUUAUGCAGCAAGUUGACGCUCCGCUUUUUAAAUUAUCGCCUAGAAAGUCACCAAAUACUACCCCUCAUGUUAAACAUAUAGCCCAACCCGACAAUGAUGAAGAACUUUCUAACUCAUCAAAACAAGUAGAAGAAUCAUCAAAUGAAUUUGUGAUUGAGGUCGUUGACCCUGUCAAAGUUGGUGAUUUAACAUCUGCUCAUAUGGAGUAUACCGUUUGGACAAGGUAUCAAAAUACAGAUAACCCUGAAACAAGAGUUCAGCGGAGAUAUAGGGAUUUCAGAUGGUUAUAUCGUCAAUUACAAAGCAAUAAUUGGGGUAAGAUAAUUCCUCCACCACCAGAAAAACAGGCUGUUGGUCGAUUCAAAGAUGACUUCAUAGAAAACAGAAGAUUUCAAAUGGAAAGGAUGUUGAAGAAAAUAGCACAAGAUGCAGAAUUACAAAGGGACAUUGAUUUUGUGAUGUUCUUGACUAGUAAUAAUUUCAGUCAGGAUUCAAAAGUAAGGGAGAAUUUGACAGGAUCUAACGCAUCUAGUGAUAGCAACGAUAUCUCUGAAAUCCACAUCAGUGAAAUAGAAUUGCUUGGUGAAGAGGACGCUGUCAAUGUAAUGAGAAAUGGUGGUAUUGAUGAAUCCCAUAAAGGAUUUAUGAGUAUUUCUUUUUCUUCUUUACCUCGAUACAAUGAACCAGAUCAGUUCUUUGUAGACCAACGCCAAUCUGCGGAUAUUCUGGAGGAACAAUUAAGGCAACUUUACAAGUCACUCGAAUUGGUUGAUACACAAAGGAAUGAGCUAGCUUCUGUAACUGAGGAGUUUGCUCAGAGCGUAAAACCUUUAGAAGAGUUGGAAGUGACUAAGGAAGGAUCUACACUUUUGUCCAAUUUCGCUGAAGUUCAUUUAAGAUUGAAGGAAUCUCUGCAAAGAAGUUCCAUGCAGGAAGCAUUGACUUUAGGAGUUACAAUCGAUGAAUACUUGAGAUCGUUAGGAAGUAUCAAAGCCACUCUGAACCAGCGUGCAAAGCUAGGGUACUUUCUUAUGAUUGUUGAAAAUGAUUUGAAUAAAAAACAAUCGCAACUUGAGAAAUUAAACCGAAAUAUGAAAAGUCAUACAGAUAAAAUUAAUGCGACCACUAAAGAGGCCCAAAUACUGCAGAAAAGAUUUUCUAAAAUUAAACAGAAGUGGCAGGACAUUGGUGAAACCAUCAGGCAGGAAUUGAGCAAACACGAUCAAGAAAAAGUUAAAGAUUUUAGAAACAACAUGGAGAUAUUUUUAGAGUCUGCUAUCGAAUCUCAAAAGGAAUGCAUAGAGCUUUGGGAAACCUUUUAUCAGAAUAAUUUGUAG